AUGAUAAAGGACAAUGAGAUAAUAACAAAGAAUGAUAAACUAAAUUCUCAUCUUAAUUACUAAUAAACUAAGUUUAAAAUUCCAGAAUAAUAAAAUCUCAAAUAUAAUUCUUCAUUUCCUUAAGAACCAACCAAUUAUAAUAUAUAUGAAAGUAAUAUUUCUUCAAUUUAUAUUAUUAAGGUGAAAGAACUGAUCAUUAUACAAUAUUUUAAAAAGUUGGGUAUUCAGUUUCUCAAGAUCUUAAAUAAUAAGAAUAACAGAGGAUUAUAAAGGAAAGUCUUGUUUCAACUGAAAUUUAAUCUGUGUAAAAAUUGACUAGUCGCUAAUCUCAGUAAUUCUCGUUCAUUCCAAGAGGUUAGAGUAUAGAAUUUAUCAAUAACAAUGAUAAAUUAAUAAAUAAACCUGAAAGUCCAUAUAAUUCUCAGAAUAUUAGAAAUAUAUAUCACAAUUAUGAGAAAUCCUCUGAAUAUAAAAAUGAAAAUUUAUUAAAUGACCAUACAUCUAAUCCAUUUAAUAGUAUAAGUUUAUCAAACAAGACAAUUUCAAAGAAAUAUAAUCCAAUAUUGUUUAUAGAUAAAUUCAAACAAAUAAGAAGAUGUUUUUAGAUGAUUAGAGCUCUUUUUAGAUUGAAAACGUUAUACAAGUAAUAUUUAUUAUUUAAGAAUAAGUUUGAAAAAAUCAACAUGGAAUUUGUAGAUGAAUAUAUUUAGAAGUAAUUAAAAGAUUUUAAAAUAUAAUGAAAGCAUUACACUUAUAAAAAUAAAAUAAUGGACAUAAAUGGUAUUUGCCAAGAUGAUUUCAAUUAUUCAGUAUUAAAAUUUAGAAAAACAAAAAUUGAAUUUUAUUGUAAAUAUUUUAAUUAAUGAAAUUUAAAGGAAAAUCCAGAAAUAAUGACAUCUGUUGAAAUUGAUUAAGCAAUUAUUUUUAUUCAAAAUAACUUUACAUUCUCAAUGUCCAAUCUUUUAAUGAUGACAACAGGUGAAAAUCUAUUAAAAGAAUUGAGUUUACAAAUGUACUAGGAUUAAUACUUAGAAUAUAGAAAAUAAUUCAGUAAAUUUGUUAGUUUAAGAACAAAUUACAUAAGUUAUUAUUAUUAGAAAUUGAAUUAAUAAGAAAAAUAAUUAGUAUUCACUGAAUGCAUAAUAAUUCAUAAUUUAAUACCCAAUUUAAUAAAAUUAACAUAUAGUUUGGAAUCAUUAAAAUGUAAUAUAUCAAAUAUAAAAUUUUUGAUUAAAUGUAUGAUUUCACUCUUUUAAUAUUUCUUUUUAUAAUAGUUUUCUAAUUAUCCAANCAAUAUUUUAAAAAGUUGGGUAUUCAGUUUCUCAAGAUCUUAAAUAAUAAGAAUAACAGAGGAUUAUAAAGGAAAGUCUUGUUUCAACUGA